AUGCCCAAGGUCAAGUGCUAUUCGGCCGCUUGGCUGUCGAAAAAUGCCCCCGGGCACCAGCUCUUCGAGCCCUCACCCGAGGCCGCACGCUCGCGGGCUCUCGCGUCGCCGUACGCGGGCAAGAAGACUACUCUGGGCCCGAGACGGACGAUUGCGCGACGCGGCACCGAGGUCUUUGUGGCCGUGGGCAAGGAAAUUCGGUGGGGAGACUUGGCGUACAUCAAGGAGGAUUGGUCCAACAAUCACCCGAGGGAGCGUCGUGGCUCCAAUAAUCGUGUCAAGCGCGAAGAUAUCACCCUGAAUAUGGAGGAUAUUCCGAGUAUUGAAGCUUUUGGGGGUCUGAGAACAUUAACAAGCAGCGUCAAGACAAUCAAAGUCCCAGUUGCCGACGAAAUACGACAGCUCAUCAUCUCCCCAAAUACCAACCUUCUCGCCAUUCUCACGACUCACACUAUCCACAUAUGCACGAUACCCGACUCCUCGCACCUGACAAGCGAUGAUACUGCUCCGCUGAAGCCCAAGAUUUUUACCCUUGGCCCUACUACCCACGUCACAUCGCGGUCACCCAUCAUGUCCGCGAUCUGGCACCCGCUAGGAGUCAAUGGAUCCUGCAUAGUCACUGUGACGGCCGACGCGAUUGUCAGAGUUUGGGAGCUGUCCACCAGUGAUCGCUGGUCCUUUGAUACCCCGACAACCUCCAUCGAUCUGAGGAAGCUGGCAGACGGCACGACUCUGGAUCAGGAUUUCUCAGCCUCGACUUCGGCCACGAACAAGGGUUUUUCCCCGGAUUCCUUUGAGAUGGAGGUCGCGGCAGCAAGCUUCGCAAGCAAGGGGACGGGAGGUUGGAACCCAAUGACGCUUUGGGUGGCGAUGCGUGAGGGAGAUGUAUACGCCCUCUGCCCACUCCUGCCACAGCGCUGGGCGCCCCCUCCCACGCUCAUUCCCUCACUUUCAGUCUCUAUCGUCGCUACUGUCGGCAGCAUUGAGGACGAUGCUUUGGUAGACGAAAACGAAAAACUUCUGGCUCAGCAGCAGCUCCAGUGGAUGGGUGAUUUGGACUCCCAAGAGCCCCAGAUCAUCGACAGCGCCAUUCUCGGAGACCCUCCCGUUGAAGUCUAUACCCGACCCUCCCGCCCUGGUGUCACUCCUCGCCUUCAAGGACCGUUUGACCUUGUCUCUGAUCCCGAGACCGGUGACGACCUAGACACGUCCAUCACUGAUAUAUUGGUCAUUGGCAAAAAGACGGAAACCGAGGAUCUGAUGAUCGGAGAGGAUGAUGAGUAUGAACUUGACCUCGACGACAGCGAUCAAGAAGGCCUCUCACUGGCUGUCAUCUGCCUGCUAUCUACUAGCGGCCAGGUGCGUGUUUAUCUGGAUAUGGACAAUGUUCAAGCGCAAUGGUUGCCGCCAAGAACCAAGUCCAAAAGCAGCAAGCUUUUUGGAGAAGCCAAGACUCCGUCACUCCUUGCAUUCCAGGCAAUGGAUACCAUGGCUCCCGCCGAAGUGACGGAGGAGAGCUGGCCUGUGUUCAGCGCCGAUGCACUGUCACGGUAUAGUUUCUUUGUCACACAUCACGCCGCUAUCACUUUUAUCUCACUUGCAUCGUGGAUCUUUCGCCUUGAAGGCGAGCUUUCAGGAGACUUUGAGGCUGGCACAGACUUCAGAAUCGGGCUGCUUGUCAACUCUCAAUCGAGCAGAGAGAGAAUCUAUGCCCAGCCUGUCGCAGAUGCUGCUGAGCCACUUGCAGGGUGCAUUGUCCUUCGAGACCCAGAUGUUGGCUAUUUCCUCCUCUCAGCCACCCCUUACGAACCCAUCGCCGUCACCUUUGAAAGCCCCGAGUUGGACGUCGUUCCUGUUCACCGCGAGGCUAGCCCCGAGCGUGAGCGCGAAGCUAGCAUGGCUCCUCUUCAUUUUUACGAGCCUCGCCCCGUCUACAACCCGCCGCAUGUGUUUGACCAAGGGUCAUCACUGCCUUUGCUCUUGGAAAGACUACGCACGUCGCGCCACAAGACUGUAGUAAAUCAAGAGGUGAAACUUAGUCCCUUGACUUUGCAAAUCUUUACAGAUGCUCACAAGGUCUUGAGCGACGAGACAUACAAGCUUGGGGUGUCUGCUGCUGAGAUUUUCAGACGGUGCGAGCUCCUGCAAAGUGAGCUGAAGCAACAAGUGUCCAAGGCCAACGAGGUGAAGGGAAAAAUUGACACGAUCAGGGGUGUCGACCGUGACGGUGAAACCGACAAUGACAUGUACGAACGUCGCAUUUCCGAAGCACAAAAGCGACAAAAGGCUAUUGCUGAGCGUGUCGAGAACCUUCGCAAGAUUGUUGGCAAGGCCACCACGCGAGACCUGAGCAACAAGGAACGAGCCUUUAUGGAGGAGGUGCGCGCGCUUGACGCCAGCGUCUCGGGCCCCACCGCUUCCGAAGAGGCAGGUGAUGUCAGGAUACAGUCGCAGGAGCUGUGGAAGCGAUUGGAGAGUGUUAAGAAGCUUCAGUCUGAGCUCGUGGCUGAUGUGGAAGCGCUCAAGAAGAGUGGCCAGCUAGAGGCACCUCUGACGCCGGAGCUGCGGAUCCCACAGGAUAUCCGCCGCAACAAACUGCAACAGGUGCAAGGGCUGCUGUCGCGCGAGACUGCGCUGGUAGACGCCGUGACUUCGCGCCUGGAGAGGUUGCAGGCGACCGUGUAA